AGAGUAAGAAAUAAAAAGGCAGGAGUGACAGAAACUGGCAGUCAAGUGAAGACACGCAAGAAACAGCCGUCAUCAUGCCUGAGCCCUCAAAAAAAGCCCCAGAAGCACAACCGGAAGAACCGGAGCCAGAAUAUGAAAAGACAGAGCUGAGCAGUCUGUUUUUAGAGAAGCCAGAGUCUGUUGUGGCUAUAGCAGGUAAGGAUGUGGUGUUUGUAGCUAAGGUGGACGCAUCUAAUAUGGCGAAGAAGCCUGUUCUGAAGUGGAUGAAAGGCAAGUGGCUGGAUCUCGGCAGCAAAGCAGGAAAACACUUGCAGCUUAAAGAAACGUACGACAGGAACACAAAGGUGUACACAUAUGAGUUGAAGAUCGUAAAGGUUGUGGCAGGUGAUGCCGGAAGUUAUCGGUGUGAGGUCUCGUCUAAAGACAAGUGUGACAGCUGCACGUUUGAAAUCUCAGUGGAAACUGCUGAACAAGAAGGACAUCAAGAUAUUCUUUCUGCCUUUAAACGAGCUGAUGCAGGAGAGGAUGAAGGAGAACUAGACUUCAGCGCUCUGCUCAAAGCCGCUAAAAAAACUAAGAAGCCCCAACCAGAGAUGGAGGAGAAGGACGUUUGGGAACUACUGAAGAAUGCCCACCCCAGCGAGUACGAGAAGAUCGCCUUCAAAUAUGGCAUCACUGACCUCCGGGGGAUGUUGAAACGGCUGAAGAAGAUGAAGGCAGUGGAACCGAAAACUAGCGAGGCUUUUCUGAAGCGUCUGGAGGCUGCAUACUCUGUGUUAAAGGAAAAGAAGAUAGUUUUGAGCGUGGAAGUGGUCAACCCCAACACUGAGGUCAAAUGGCUGAAGAACGGCCAGGAAAUCAAACCUUCUGCAAAGUACAUCAUGGAGGCCAAUGGGAACAUCCGUACCCUCACCAUUAACCGGUGCAGUCUAGCAGAUGACGCCGCAUAUGAGUGUGUGGUCGGAGAAGACAAGUGCUUCACUGAAGUGUUUGUCAAAGAGCCCCCCAUCACGAUCACUAAACUAUUGGAUGACUACCAUGUGGUGGUGGGAGAGAGGGUGGAAUUUGAGGUGGAGGUUUCUGAAGAGGGAGCACAUGUCAUCUGGUGCUUUGAGGAUAAAGAGUUGUCCCGGGACGAUAAAAAUACGCGCUAUCGCUUUAAGAAAGACGGAAAGCGCCAUUCUCUGAUUAUCCAGGAGGCGGCACUAGAGGACAUGGGCAUGUACUAUGUCUACACCAAUGGCGGGCAUUCCAAAGGAGAACUCAUUGUGGAAGAGAAGGAACUGGAGAUCCUUCAGAGUAUGGCAGACCUGACUGUUAAGUCGGCUGAGCAGGCCAUGUUUAAGUGUGAGGUGUCCGACGAGAAGGUCACAGGGAAAUGGUUUAAAGAUGGAGUUGAGGUUAAACCCAAUAACCGCAUCAAAAUCUCCCACAUCGGGAGGAUGCAUCGUUUGACUAUAGAUGACGUUAAGCCAGAGGAUGCUGGUGACUACACGUUUGUGCCUGAUGGCUAUGCGAUCUCUCUCUCUGCAAAACUCAACUUCCUGGAGAUCAAGAUUGAGUAUGUCCCCAGGCAAGACCCUCCAAAGAUCCAUCUAGAUGUGACCGGUAACAUGGUCUCUCAGAACACCAUCAUUGUUGUCGCUGGCAACAAACUCCGCCUGGAUGUGGAGAUCACAGGAGAGCCUACCCCGACUGUGUGCUGGAUGAAGGAUGACGAACCAGUGACAGAGGCGGAAGGGCGUGUCCGCAUAGAGAGCAGGACAGGCCUGAGCUGCUUUGUCAUAGAGGGAGCAGUGCGAGAGGAUGAGGGCAACUACAGCAUCACCGUCACCAACCCUGCUGGCGAGGACAAGGCCAACCUCUUCAUCAGAAUCGUAGAUGUUCCUGACCCACCGGAGCAUGUGAAGUGCACUGCAGUAGGAGAAGACUGUGCCACCAUCAUCUGGGAGCCUCCCAAAUUUGAUGGAGGCGUUCCAUUAAAGGGUUAUCUGAUGGAGAGGAAGAAGAAGGGCUCAUCUCGGUGGACUAAGCUCAAUUUUGACGUGUUUGAUGACACGAAGUACGAGGCCAAGCGUAUGAUUGAAGGCAUUCUGUACGAGAUGAGGGUCUUCGCUGUCAAUGCCAUCGGCAUCUCAUCGCCAAGUCUCAACUCCAAACCCUUCAUGCCAAUCGCUCCGACCAGUGAACCAACCAAGCUGACUGUGGAGGACAUGACUGAUACGACCUGCACUCUGAAAUGGUUGGUUCCAGAGCGGAUAGGAGCAGGGGGUCUGGAUGGAUACAUUAUUGAGUUUUGCAAAGAAGGAGAAUCAGAGUGGCAAGUGGCCAACACAGACCCGGUGGAGCGUCAGAACUAUACAGUGAGAAACCUGCCCACUGGGGAGAAGUUGAACUUCCGUGUGGUGGCGGUGAACAUCGCGGGCCGCAGUCCCCCUGCCACGCUCUCUCAGCCCGUCACUGUCCGAGAGAUCAUGGAGCAUCCCAAGAUCCGCCUCCCUCGUUACCUAAGAACUAGAUACAUCAAACGAGUGGGAGAAACCGUCAACCUGGUUAUUCCUUUCCAGGGUAAACCUCGACCUGUGGCUCAGUGGCUGAAGGAUGGACAGCCAGUGGACCCCAAGAAAGUCUGCAUCCGGAACUCCAACGUGGAUUCCAUCUUGUUCAUCCGCUCAGCCGAGCGAGAGAACUCUGGAAAAUACACACUGGUCCUGCAGAUUGAGAACAUGGAGGAUCAGGCCACCAUCGAUAUCCGCAUUGUAGAUAAACCUGGACCACCGUCAGUUGUGAAGGUGACAGACGUGUGGGGCUUCAACGCAGCUCUGGAGUGGAAGGCACCCAAAGACGAUGGCAACUGUGAAAUCACAGGCUACACCAUCCAGAAGGCAGACCUGAAAACCAAGGAGUGGUUCACUGUGUAUGAGCAUAACCGCCGCACCAACUGCACCGUGUCAGACCUGGUGAUGGGAAACAAAUACAUGUUCCGUGUAUUCAGUGAGAACCUCUGUGGGCUGAGCGAAGAGCCCUGCACCAGCAAGGACAUAGCCACCAUCACCAAGCCCGGUCUUGUGCAUAAGCAUUCUCCCUACAAGGAGAAGGACAUGAAUAGUGCUCCCAAGUUUACGACGCCCUUAGUGGACAGAUCUGUGAUUGCUGGCUACAGCACUGCCCUCAGUUGCUCAGUGAGAGGCUUUCCGAAGCCUAAGAUCAUCUGGAUGAAAAACCGAAUGAUAAUCGGAGAUGAUCCAAAGUACCUGAUGCAGAAUAACCAGGGUGUUCUGACCCUGAACAUCCGUAAACCGAGCAGCUUUGAUGGGGGCAAAUACGGAUGCAUGGCUGUCAAUGAACUCGGACAAGACGAAGUAGAGUGCACACUGGAGAUCAAAAUAGUUCCAACAGAGAAGAAGGACUGAAUGUAGCUGAUCUGCAUAUGAUGGAAUAAAAGAAAUGCAAAGGAAAUAUUUAACAUUUAAAGUGAAUAAAUUUCACCACAUUUCAUUCUUCA